AUGUCGCGCAGACGAGAAUUUUUUUUGGGAUGCCGCACUGCAUUGGUUGCAACAGCAUUUAUGGGGAAAAGGAAAUUGCAAGGUAAUAAGAAUGAACUCAAUCGAAAGCGACUCAAAAAUGAGCAGGAUGCUUUGCUAGAGCAAGGUUUAUUCGAUAAAGCACUGUCUCAUACAUCAGAACAAAAAUGGGAAGACGUCGAGCAAGAUUACGAGAUGGUCCCAAGAGCAUCUUACGAUGAUUCAAAAAUUGUCGAGGGUUUGCCCACCAAGAAUGCAGACGGAAAGAUUACACGUAACUUGCGAAAGGUUGAGCUUGAAACUCACAAAAGUGAAGACGAAGCUGACCUCGAAACUGCAACUGAAGUUGAGAUAACACAAGAGGCAAACGAAGAGGAAAAAGAUCCAUAUGCACAUUUACCGCCUGCUGAGAGGCUCACGCUAUUAAAGGAAGAAAUAGCUGAACUAUCUUCGUCUUUACUUGAGGACCCGGAAAGUAAUUUCAAGAAUUUAACAAGGUUGAGAAAAAUGUCUGAAUCGAAGAAUUUUGCGACUAGUCAGUUGGCAACUUCAGCCUUAAUACCUGUCUUCAAGGCUCUUGCUCCAUCAUAUUGCAUAAGACCGCUUACCGAUGCCGAAAAGCGUGAGAAGGUAAGUAAGGAAGUUGCUCGUCUCCGUCAAUUCGAGCAAUCAUUGGCAAUGAACUACUGUCAAUUUGUAGAUCACUUGGCAACUUUGGCCAAGAUUUCGGUUCUGAACUCGAGAAACAACAAAAGCAUAACAUCUCAGAUGAUCAAGCGAGGAUCUUUAGCGUGUAAAGUUGCAUGUGAAUUAAGUACUUCAUCCUUGCGUUUCUUUAAUCAUCGAAAUGAGUUAUUCAAACUAAUUAUCAGGCGUCUCAAUAGAAGACCGCUGGAUCCCGAUGACCUCGAGGUUUUUAACAGGUGCUUGAGAACGCUUGAAACCCUUUUAAAAGAAGACGAAGAAUCAGGUGAGAUUUCUUUGGAAGUGACGAGAUUGUUGUGCAAGACGUUGCGAGAAAAGAAGUUUCGAGUUGAUGAAUCCGUUAUAAACAUUUUCUUGAGUUUGUCGCUUCUCAAUGACUAUGACCCUAAUGGAAAUAAAGAAGCUGAUGAUAAGCCGAAGUUGAAGAAAAAGGAUAGAGUCCAUUUGUCAAAAAAGGAGAGAAAAGCUAGAAAGGAAAGGAUAGAGAUAGAGGCAGAAAUGAACAGAGCAGAACAAGUGGUCACCGCUGCCGAGCGAGAAAAGUUCCAAGCUCAAGCUUUGAAAGAAUUGUUAACGUUGUACUUGAAUAUUUUGAAGGCAGGAGCUUUAGGAAGCGACAAUGGGACUGCUACCAAGUUGAUUGCCCCUGUUCUUGAGGGUCUCUCUAGAUAUGGUCGCAUGGCUAAUUUUGAUCUUUUAGGAGACUUUUUAGAGGUUUUGAGAGAGAUUCUUGACACCUCCAUUGAAGAGUUGAAUUCCGCAGGAGAAGGCGGGAUCGAUGAUAACAAUGACGACUCAAAUCGCAUGAAAGUUGUCUUGUUAUGUGUUGUGACUUCUUUUUCUUUGGUUACUAACAAUGCAUCAGUGGGCAAACUUCCAAUUUCAUUGGAUCUUUCUAAGUUUGUUACCUCACUAUACACAAUUAUAUCGGAAAUCAGUCUUGAUUGUGACUUAGAACUUUCCCUGAAAUCAUUGCGCUUAGCUGAUCCACUUGCCGGUGAUCGCCCGUUCAAGCCUUCGGUUAAUGUCUCAACAAGAACGGAAUUGUUGUUGCGUUGCCUUGAUUCAAUAUUUUUUGGAUCCAAAAAUGGAACAGCGUCUCGUGCAUCCGCAUUCACCAAAAGAUUGUACAUCACUAUUUUGCAGACUCCAGAAAAGUCUUCAUUGGCGUUGCUAAAAUUCGUAGGGAAGCUAGUCUCCCGUUAUGAUGAGAGUAUCAAGGGUUUGUGGAACACGGAAGAGCGUAUUGAUGGUAACGGUGUUUACAACCUUGGCAUUGAAAGAAAUGGCAUGAUAGUUGACUUGGACAGAAGUAAAAGCGAAGCCGCGACGUUGUGGGAAAAUGUUCUUUUAGAUAAGCAUUACAGUCCUAUGGUACGAGAUGGAGCUAGAUCGUUGUUCAAAAACAGUAAGCUUCAUGACAAGACUUAG